AUGUCCACCGUAGGAGAAGCUCAGCCAACACAACCUAAUGCCAAGCCAAAGCCAGUGAUAUUUUGCAUUGGUAUGGCUGGGUCAGGUAAAACCACAUUCAUGCAAAGAUUGAACUCACACAUCCAUUCAAGGAAACAGAUCCCCUAUGUCAUCAACUUGGACCCGGCUGUACUUAAAGUCCCAUUUGGUGCUAACAUCGACAUAAGAGACUCAAUAAAGUAUAAGAAAGUGAUGGAAGAGUAUAAUUUAGGACCAAAUGGUGCAAUUGUCACUUCAUUAAACCUAUUUUCCACAAAGAUUGAUCAAGUCAUCAAAUUGGUUGAUAAGAAGCAGGAUAAAAUUUCUGAUGUAAUUAUUGACACACCAGGUCAAAUCGAAUGUUUUAUAUGGAGUGCCAGUGGGUCUAUUAUAACUGAAGCAUUUGCAUCCUCGUACCCUACAGUGAUUGCUUAUAUUGUUGAUACACCAAGAACAACAAGUCCUACAACAUUCAUGUCCAACAUGCUUUAUGCAUGCUCUAUAUUGUACAAGACUAAGCUCCCCAUGAUCGUGGUUUUCAACAAGACUGAUGUGCAAAGUUGUGAAUUUGCCAAAGAAUGGAUGAGUGAUUUUGAAAGUUUCCAAAUGGCGGUACAAAAGGAUCAACAAGAAAACCAAGAACAAUCUAGUGGAUACAUGAGUAGUUUGGUCAACUCAAUGUCGUUGAUGUUGGAAGAAUUUUACUCUAAUCUUGAUGUGGUCGGAGUAAGUUCUUACACUGGUCAAGGAUUCGAUGAGUUUAUGGAUGCCGUGGACAAUAAAGUUGAUGAAUAUAAUGAGUUUUACAAGGCGGAAAGGGAAAGGAUAUUGAAAAAGAAAGAAGAUGAUGAGAGAAAGAGGCAGACAAAAUCGUUGAACAAAUUGAUGAAGGACAUGGACAUGAAGGAUAAGAAAAAGAGUGAAGAUGGCGAGGUUCUAUCAGAUUUCGAUGAUGAUGAUGAGGAAGUAGAUGAAGAGUUGCAAGGUGAAGUAUUGCCUGACGACGAGGAAGAAGAAGCUCGUGGCUUGGCUGAAGUCGGUAACCCAUCAAGAGAAUAUACGUUUGCCGAAGAUCGUCAAUCAGAAUUGGACCCUACCAAAGAUGCCGAUUUACAAGCAAGGUAUCAACAAGCAAUGGAGUCUAGAGGGAAACCUGUCUCGUCACAAACAGCAGAAAAUAUUGCUCGUUACAUAAAUAGAUCGCAAUAA